AUGGGUGUACAGCGCUCAAAAUGGGGAAGAGGGAGCUGGAGCAGCUCCUCGGAUCCUUACGACGGCCACGAAGCGGCGCUGAAGCCGGAACACGACGGCAAUGCGCUGCUUCCGCACAAGGGACGGGGUGAUGACUAUUUCAAUGGAGAUAUAUAUGAUGGGCGCCCUACAGAAGAAGAGACUAGAUGGGAAAUCGACUCGAGUAAUAUGCCCUACUUGAGCCAUAUCAAGUCUCUAUCCCACUUCUAUCCACAUCUACGCUUCCUCGCACAGUGGAUGCAAGUGACGACCUCGCCUGUGAAAUGGCAGUUCAUCAAGUCGCAGCCUAACCUGGAGGCCAUACGCCAGGAGCGAGCGAGUCGUAUCAAGGUCGCGGCCGUCGACUUUGCGUCGGGACAGGGGCAGCCCACCAUCGAGCGCAUCAACACCCGCGCCGGUUUGACCGACCGUCUGGACAGUGCCCUGCCGUCCGGUACAACGCGCCUCUACAUCGUCGAGGACCUCUCGCGCAACGUCAUCGAGCUGCUCGGCUCGAGGCUUGACAUCGACCCCCAGUUCUUCCGCGAGCAGAUCAACGACUAUCUGUGGUUCAACACGCGGGACCCAUGGGUCGAGCUGCCGGAUCUGGAUGUCGUCGCUCGCAACCGGCCCUUCUUCCGUCUGCAGUACGUGCACUCGCGCUACUUUAAGAACCAGAAGAUUUUCCGCGAGGCACAGGUGCAGGCGGGCAUGUUCAACGUGCUGAGGAGGCUCGACGACGACAGCGAGCACGACUCGCUGUUCGAUGAGCAUGGCGCUAUUAUUGCCCUGGUCAGGAGCAAGGCUUCACUGUGGAUCCGGCCGUCGAAGCCUGGGGAGGAUACCGUCGGCGUCCUCCUCAUCGACCCAUCCGUCACAGCCGGACACCCCCUCUGGGGCGGCUACCGGCCCUUCAAGACGUCGCCGCCCCCGUCUGAGAGCAGCAAGGUGUACGCGUCGCCGCCGCGCGACUCGCUCUUCGAGGACCUGCUCUUCUGGAUCGCGCAGAUGCCGCCGGACGACGUCGACGCGGUGCGCGACAACCCGCGCGCCAUGGCGCACCGCAUGGUCCAGAUCAUCUGCGCCGAAUGGCUGACGCUGAGCCGCUACAUCCUGGCGCGGCUGGGCCAGAUCGAGUGGGAGGUCGAGCGGCCCGACUUCCGGCCCGAGUCGCUCAAGGGCAUCGACUCGUCGCUGUCCAAGUCGCACACGUGGCGCCGCCGGCUGCCCAUCUUCAGGAACAUGGUCGCUGAUGCGCAGAAGAAGCUGUUCCGCGAGAAUUACGGUCCCGGUGCCUCUGCCGCAGUGAAGGCGGUAACGGAUUCGCCGGGUGGGACCGACUGCAUCAGCGACCUGCGCGACGACUUCGCCAUCGUGGCCAAGGGCCUCGAGGACCUGCUGGCGAAAAUGGAUCGCAUCACGGCGGUGACGACGGCCGUGGCGGCCUUCGAGGAGAGCCGGCGGGCCGUGGAGCAGAACCGCGCCCUGGGCCGCCUGACAUACCUCGCCGUCAUCUUCGCGCCGCUGAGCUUCGUGUCGUCCUUCUUCAGCAUGUCGACCGACGUCACCGAGCUGUCGCAGACGUUCUGGGUCUACUUCUGCGUCGCCGUGCCCAUCAGCCUCGGCGUCUACCUCGUCGUCGACCAGAAGUGGACCAACUCGCUGCAGGGCGUGUGGAGGGGGAGGAAGGACGCCCUGGACUGGAGGGGCCGCCUGGGCCAUGCCCGGGAGAAACGUCCCAAGCAGGGCGGCGGUAGGCGUGCUGGGGCGCUGGCGUCGUGA